GCUGCGGGUUCAGAGGUCAGGGGUUGCCAACGAAGGAGGAAGAUGGCGGCAGGCGGCCUGAGCUGCUAUGAAACAGGUCUAACAGGCAGAAACACGGUCCGACCUCUUUAACGCUCCACUAGGCGGACUAAGGACUCUAACUCUCCUGUGACGCGGAAUAAGACUCUAUGGCGCUGCUCUACGGCCUGUUAUGGCGGUUCCUGCUGGUUCUGGUCCACAUCAACAGAGCGCUGGCCUCCUGGCUGCGGGUCCGGCUCCGGGGCUGGAAGGGCCGGCUGUGGGAGCGGGCUGGGGCCGCCCUGCUGCUGCCGCUGGCCCUGGCCGGCCUCCAGGACCCCCCCAAGAACCAGAACCAGAACCCCGAAGCUAACCCGGGCACCGGGACCCGCUCCGCCGCCCGCCGGUCCCGGUGGCUGUCUGACGGCAGGUCUCUGGACAAGCUGCCGGUCCACAUCGGCCUGCUGGUGGCCGAGGAGGAGCCCAGCUACCCGGACACAGCCAGCCUGGUGGUCUGGUGCCUGGCGCUGGGCGUCUCCUACGUCAGCGUCUACGAUAACCACGGUAUUUUCCGUAAGAACAACUCGCGGCUGCUGGAGGAGAUCGUGAGGCAGCAGCAGGACCUGCUGGGGGUCCAAGGGUCCAAAUACAGCGUGGAGUUCCUGAGCAACGGCAGCGACAAACACCAGCACCACGUGGUGUCCUGCAGGCCCACGGUGAAGGUCUUGUCUCCGGAGGACGGGAAGCAGAGCAUCGUCCAGGCAGCGCAGCAGCUGUGUCGCUCCGUAGAGAACAAUGAGAGAAGCUCCAGAGACAUCAGCGUCUCCAUGCUGGACGUCCUGCUCAGAGAGUCUAAGAACAUCCCGGACCCGGAGCUGGUGGUGAAGUUCGGUCCAGUGGACAGCACGCUGGGCUUCCUGCCCUGGCACAUCAGACUCACUGAGUUCUUCUCCCUGCCGUCCCACAGAAACGUGUCCUACGAGGACCUGCUGGGCGUCCUGCAGCGGUUCGGCUCCUGCCAGCAGCGACUCGGCCAGUGAAGAGCAGACGGCGUUCAGGCAGAAGAGGUCGGAGGAGCUUCAGGUGGCGAGCCCUCCGAGCUUCUCUGAGUCCAUCUGGAUCUCUCUGAGUCCAUCUGGAUCUCUGACAGACUCACAGGAAACCCAGAGACAGCCAGCCAGCUCACAUCCUGCCACCAGCUCUCGUCUUAUAAUAAACUCACAUUCCAGGACUUCUGGAACAAGUGAAAAUAGCUCAGAGACAUGAGAGGCUGUCUCACAGCUCGGUGCUGCACAGACCCUGUUCUGUCCUCAGACCCUGUUCUGUCUCAGACCCUGUUCUGUCUCAGACCCCGUUCUGUCUCAGACCCUCUGGCUCUUUGUCUUUCAGUCUCCAGCUGCUGUUUUCUGCUCCAGACAGAGAAAUGACUGACCUUCACUCAGCAGAAAACAAAGAAGAAACGAGGCUUUGUGCGUCUGAGUGAUGCAUCCUGGGAAAUCCAGCUGCGUUUAACUCCCAACAACACAUGAGCCAGAGAGGAAGCUGAGCUCAGGACGGAGAGGAUAAUAAUGUGUAAAUAUGAGAAAUUAAUGUGGCUCUGUGUUUGUCUCUGUGGCCUCCAGCUUGCAGUCAUGUGUUCAUGUGUAGUGUUGCUUCAGACACAUACAGAGGUUUGUUCUGUUAGACUGACCAGCUCUGAAAUAAACAAAUGCACUGUC